AUGGGCUCUCAAAGCCAAAGAGAGAAACACACUACAGGUAUGCCAAAGGAAAAUGCAGAAGAAGAUACUUGGCAUCUCUCUGAAAGACAGAAUACUGAACACCUCGAUACACAAGAUGUCAACAACAACAGACAUAGCACAACAGGUUGCGAAGAUGAAAUGGAAAUGGGGCGCCCACGUGGUGAGGAUGCAGGACGACAGAUGGACGGCACAAGAUACCACAUCGGCAAGAGACUCCCAGGAAGACCGAGACGCAAAUGGUCGGACUUAUUCAGAAAACAAACAGGAAGACAGUGGACCUGCAUAGCCAGAAAUAGAAAGGAGUGGAAAGAACUAGAACUGCAAAUAAGUGAUCAAGUGUAA